AUGGAUAUUGAUCGCCCUGCACAAGAUUCUCAGAGUCUGUUCCUGACUACCUACCUAUCUCUUUCCCUCUCUCUCCUUCUUUCUCUAUAUCUUUUCUUCCUCGUCUCUUUCUCUCUCUCUCUUUCUCUUUCUCUUUCUCUCUCUCUCUCUCUCUCUCUCUCUCUCUCUCAUUAUAUAUACAUAUUUAAUUUAGGCUCUACUUAUACUUCUUUUUUCUUUCUUUUUCUUUCAUUCUUUCUAUUCACUUUCUUUUUUCUUUCUUCCUAUUUUUUCUUUUUUCUUUCAUUCUUUUUGCUUUCUUUCUUUUUACUUUCUUUUUCUUUUUUCUUUCUUUUUUUCUUUCUUUUUUCUUUCUUUCUUUUUCUUUCUUUUUUCUUUCAGUUUGUUUUUUUCUUAUUUUUUCCUUUGUUUUUGCUUGCUUUCUUUCAAUCUUUUUCUUUCUUUCUUUCUUUCUUUCUUUCUUUCUUUCUUUCUUUCUUUCUUUCUUUCUUUCUUUCUCCCUUCUUCGAUUUUUCACAAAAAUUACGGAAAAAAUCAGUGAACAGCACACUUCCGUCUAUCGAAUACGUACGCUUGACAACAACUGACGUUUGGCGGGCUCAGGUCGUUCAGCCAGGCUGGGUGAUGGUGAGGGCGGAGUCGAGCCGAUCGAUCAUGACACCUGUUGCCACGUCAUAA